AUGUCGUUCGCCCCGCCUUCGGGGCCUCCCCCGCCUUCGGUACCCGAGGGGUGGAAAGCUCAGUAUGACGACCGGUAUCAUACUUGGUUCUAUGUGGACCUUGCUACUGGUAAAUCGCAAUGGGACCGCCCUGAAGCUCUCCCGCCGCGCGAGGAUGGCAACCUUCAGAAUUCUCCCCCGCCAUCAUACAACAAUACUGGGCCCGGUGACCCGGCAGUGAUAGCCAGCACCGGGGACAAAAAGCAGCACAUGGGGUCAAACAACCCCUACAAUCCGACAAUUACCGGUUCAAGUAACCUCAGCCCUAACACAAUAGACGAAGACGCACGACUUGCCGCCAAGCUCCAAGCCGAGGAAGACGCCCGAGCCAGCACACGAGCAAGCGGGGCCGGAACCGGGGAUCGCGGCACCUCAUCAGACUACUACAAUGAUGCUUUGCAGCCGCCGUCCUCCGGCCUAAGCGGGUCUGCAGCUAGCCCGGCGUCGCAUAGCCCAAUACCCGAGCAGGAACAGAAGCGCAGCAAGGGUGGCUUUUUCAGCAAGCUAAUGGGAAAGAGCUCAAACUCAAGCAGCAAACCGCCUCGGCCGCAGCAACAAUACGCCUCAUAUGCUCAGCAGGGUCCCCCGCCUGGUCCCUACUACAGUGGUGGUGGCUAUCCUGCGCAGCCUGGCCCCCAGCCUGGAUACGGAUACCCUGGACCAGGGUAUGGAGGAGGAUAUGGCGGAUAUCCGCAGCAAGGUGGAUAUUACCAACAGCGACCGCCUCGCAGGCAAGGUGGGGGCAUGGGCACUGCGGGUGCCGCUGCUCUGGGUGUUGGCGGUGGUUUGCUUGGCGGUAUGCUGAUUGCUGAUGCUAUCAAUGAUUCUGACCAUGACGAUUGCGGUGGUGAUGACUUUGGAGACGACUUUUAG